GAGAAGAAAGAGGAGGAAGAGGAAUUAAAAAGAGAACGAAGGAGGGGAACAGGAGGACGGAGGAAGGGCGGGAAAGGGAGAGGAAGGGCAAAGGAGAGGAAGGAGAGGGAAGGAAGGUACAGUAUUCAGAGACCAGGGCAGAGACUCUCGGGCGCACGCGUGUACUGCCCGAAUCAAUAAAGGCCGCGCGUAGCCUCCCCCGGGCCCAGUGUGAUGCUGAGCGUGUGCCAGUGAGGACAGCUGAGCGGGAUGUGAACCCCGGCCUGCAGCCCAGCACGCUCUGCCAUCUACCGACAGGAUGGGCUCUGGGUGGGCGGUGGUGGUGACGGUGGUGGGCGGGGCGGGGAUCGUGGCGCUGCUGGGUCUGCUGGGGCGCUACCUCGGGCUGUGGACGUGGGCGCUGGCGUGGGUGCGAGCCGCCAGGGAGGAGAAGGUGCACCUCUGCCGCUCAGAACGAACCACCAGCGGCCGAUCCUACCUGUUCGAUAGUGACGUGGACUGGAUCGGGCUAUGGCCUCGCACGGGGUCGUACAAGCGCUUCACGGACCUGGACGACCUGCCCAGCGUGCCCAGCAUGGACGACUCUAUCAGGCACCCAGACGAGCCGGACCUGCCGCCCCAGCCACUCAGACCCGCCCCCGCGCCCCCACCCAAACUCCCCGGAUGGACGGACAGCGGGGGUGAGGGGUCGGCGUCCCCGGCCAGCAGCGUGGGGGGCUUCGGCGCGGGCGUGGAGACCCCCCCGGAGCCAUCCCGCCCCGCGCCCGUGCUGGACCGCCGGGACUCCAACAGGUCGCUGACGGGCAGGCUCUCCAGGCGGGACUCCAGCAAGGAGAUGCUGGCGGCGUCGCAGCAGAGCAGCCCCAAGCGAGGCUCCACCAACCCCUUCCGCGCCUCCUGGGUGCCGCCGGACGAGGCCUCGGAGGCGCCCCUCGCCCAGACCUCGGCACCGGAGCCGUGGAAGGCCUCUGCACCUGCCACGGAGAGCGUCACCCUCCUGCAGGGGCCCGACCACCCGCCGCCCGCCUCCCGCGGCGCAGCCACCUCGGCGGUGCCCGCGUCCUCCACGGGCGCCGCCAUCUUCACCACCCCGCCGGCCUCUACGUCUCUCCACGCCUCGCCCGGCGCCGCGGCCCACGCAGGCUCCCAGAGCGCUGCGGCCUUCACCGCUUCUCAGAGUCCUGCAGAAUACACAGCCUCCCCAAGUACUGCAGCCUUCACUGCCUCUCCGAGUGCUGCAGUUUUCACCGCUUCUCAAAAUGUUGCAGCCUUCACAGCCUCGGGAAGCACUGCAACUUACGCAGCCUCCUCCAGUGCUGCAGCCUACACUGCUCCUACAAGUGCUGCAGCCUACACAGCCUCUUCAAGUGCUGCAGCCUUCACCGCCGCUUCAGAUGUUGCAGCUUUCACAAGUUCUCAAAGUGCUGCAUCCUACACAGCCUCCUCAAGUGUUUCAGCCUUCACAUCUCCCUCAAGCGCUGCAGACUUCACAACUCCUCAAAGUUCUGCAGCCUUCGCCGCCCCGGGAGCUACCACCGCGUUCACAUCUUCAAGCGCUGCAGCCUUCACAUCUCCCUCAAGGGCUGCAGCCUUCACAUCACCUUCAAGGGUUGCAGCCUUCACAUCUCCCUCAAGGGUUGCAGCCUUCACAUCACCUUCAAGGGUUGCAGCCUUCACAACUUCUCAAAGUUCUGCAGCCUUCGCCGCCCCGGGAACUACCGCUGCGUUCACAUCUUCAAGCGCUGCAGCCUUCACAUCUCCCUCAAGCGCUGCAGACUUCACAACUUCUCAAAGUUCUGCAGCCUUCGCCGCCCCGGGAACUACCACCGCGUUCACAUCUUCAAGUGUUGCAGCUUUCACAUCACCUUCAAGCGUUGCAGCCUUCACCGCUCCUUCAAGUUCUGCAGCCUUCGCCGCCCCGGGAACUACCGCGGCGUUCACCGCUCCUUCAAGUGUUGCAGCUUUCACAUCACCUUCAAGCGUUGCAGCCUUCACCGCCCCUUCAAGUUUUGCAGCCUUCGCCGCCCAGGGAACUACCGCGGCCUUCACCGCUCCCUCAAGCGCUGCAGCCUUCACAUCACCUUCAAGUGUUGCAGCCUUCACCGCCCCUUCAAGUUCUGCAGCCUUCGCCGCCCCAGGAACUACCGCGGCCUUCACCGCUCCUUCAAGCGCUGCGGCCUUCACCGCCACUUCAAGUUCUGCAGCCUUCACCGCUCCUGGCAGCACCGCGGGGGUCAGCGACCCGGCAAGUAGUGUAGCGUUUUCCAGUGUAGCGAAUACCACGUCUUUCUACGCCUCACCCAGCGUUGCGGUGUGCAGCGCCGCGCCGAACACCGCGGUUUUCUCAACAUCGCCGAGUACCGCGGUCUUCUCUGCCGCGCCGAGCACCGCGGUCUUCUCUGCCGCGCCGAGCACUGCGGUCAUCUCUGCCACACCGAGCACCGCGGUCUUCUCUGCCGCGCCGAGCACUUCGGUCUUCUCUGCCGCGUCGAGCACUGCGGUCUUCUCUGCCGCGUCGAGCACUGCGGUCUUCUCUGCCGCGCCGAGCACCGCAUCGUUCACUACCCCAGCGAGUAGCACGUCUUUCCUCCCUUCCUCCGCGGCGGCAGUGUUCUCAAGCGCCGCCGCUGCGCCGCCCUUCUCCGCCUUCUCCUUCGCCUCGUCCGCCACGGCAGCGCCGCCGCUCGCCACGGAGCCGCAGAGCAGAGUGCCGGCCGCCUCCAUCACUCCUUCCUUCUCCGGGAACCUGAUGGACCUGGAGUCCCCCGUCAAGCCCGAGGCGGGGGACGCGGCGGGCGUGGAGGCGCCGCUGGUGAACGGGCAAGGGGAGGGUGGGGAGGGCGGGGAGGGGCCUGGGGAGGGUAAGGCGCAGGAGGGUGAAGGUGUGGGCGUGCCGGCGGUCGUCCAGGACUCUGUGUCCCCGGCCAAGACUGGCCCGCCGCUCUCCCCGCAGCUGAACGGCGCCCUGGACAACAGUGUGGCCGCGGACAGUGUGGCCACUAACAUAUCACAGGACAUCACGAACCACAACGUGGACACGCGCGUGGCCAAUAAGUACUUGAUACACAACUACGACGCCGCCACUGUGUUCAGUUACGACAGCCCCGGCACCGCGGCGCAGCGCCCCGCGUCCCCCGGCAGGACCGGCGAGCAGCGCUCCCCGCAGGCUACGACGGAGCUGCCGGCGCGGGAGUCCUCGGGCAGCCUGGACCUGGGCCGCAGCUUCGAGGUGCCGGCCACGCCGCCCAACACGGCCACGUACGCGUUCUCGCCGCACUCGCCGCACAUGUCCUCGCGGAUGGCGGACGUGGAGGCGCGGAUGCGGCAGCUGGGCGUAUCCGUGGACCUACCGCGGGACACCUCGCAGGACUGGUGGCCCACCGACCGGGGCGGGCAGGCGCCACAGAGUGGGCGGGAGGGCCGCAAGAACCCCUUCGGGGGCAGCAGUGUGGACAGUGUGGGCGGGGAGCGGCAGCUCGGGAGUCUGGACCGAGUGGACGAGGAGGACGUGUUGGGGAGCGCCUCCAAAGACAGGAGUGGCGGCGGCGCGCCGGGCCAGCGUGUGGAGGAGGAGGAGGAGGAGGACGAGAGCACGAGGCGCGUGCGGGAAUACAUCGCGUCGCUGAGCGCCCGUCUGCGGCAGCUGCCUGACGAGGAGGACCUCAACCGCGGCCCGCUCGAGUACCUGGGCACGCCGCCGAGCUCCGCCACUAUGCCCAUCACACCGCCCAACUCCGUCACCAAGUCCUUCUCGCUGGGCUCAACCGAGACGCCGCCCAGCUCGGCGGGGCCCUUCAGCUCCUUCAGCAGCAACAGGGCCACGGUCAGCAGCACGCCGCCCAGCUCGGCCGGCCUACGCGGCUCCUUCAACAGCCGCCGCGCCUCCGUGGAUGCCUCGCCCUCGCCGCUCUCGCCCGGCGUGUUCAGCCUGGGCAUCGGCCGCCGGCUGUCCCUGGACACGCCGCCAAGCUCCGCCGGCCUGGCCACCGCCACGCCGCCCAACUCGGCGUCGUCGCACCACACGUUCGGCGACACGCCGCCCAGCUCGGCCGGCUACUCCAGCACGCCGCCCAACAGCGCCGAACUGGCGGGCAGCUUCGACGCGGGCCUGGCCGGGGCGGGCGUGGGCCACGCGCCCACCCUCAAAAGGGCCAUGUCCUGCGACUCCGUGAGCUCCGACACGUCCGUCACGCUGGGCGAGCUGGAGGACCCCAGCGGCCAGGUGACGGGCGCGCUCGCCGUCCAGCUCAUCUACGACAGGUGAGUACCCUGUGUGUGUGUGUGUGUGUGUGUGU